GUGUCUGGUAGGCAUUUCUUUCAUGUGCAAAUGGUCCUACUGUAGCACAAAUGACACAUGGCUACAUGAAUUUGAAAACUGCUACACUGUAAAAUUUUACUAACUUUGUAACAUUUCGCUUGAAACAGGAGGACCCUGCUAAAAGUUCCAAAUGUAGAGGAAGUUCCUUACAAAUUAGGCGACCUUGAACGUACCAAAAUUUUAUUGCUAGGCUGGCUGGCGCUAGGUAGGAAGGCAGAAUUACAGAAUGUGCAAAGUUUCUUCGGGAAAUAGCAACCGACAAUAAGAAAAAAGUCGCUUUAAAAAAAUGAAUCUUGUUUAGACCAGCACCCAUUUCUUGGCAUUGGACGAUGGAGCACAUUUUAACGCCAAAGGUGGAAGAAGUGAAAUUGUUGGAUCGAUACACUGCAAAGAAGCCAGCCAUUGGCACUCUCUAUCUAACAGCAACCCAUCUAAUCUUUGUGGAGACCUCCUGUAACACUCGCAAGGAAACCUGGAUGUUACACCAUCUCAUAGCCACAGUAGAGAAACUCCCUCUUACAGCCAUGGGAUGCCCACUUCACAUUUCCUGCAAGAAUUUCCAUGUGGCUCACUUUGUCAUUUCCAGUGAGAGGGACUGCCAAAAUGUUCAUCAGUCCCUGGUCAGACUCUCCCAACCAGGGAAAGUGGAAGAGUUGUAUGCUUUUCUUUACAACCCAAAACAAGAUGAUGAUGAGAGAAGAAAUGGUUGGGGCUUUAUUGACUCAGCCAUGGAUUUCAAAAGAAUGGGAUUGCCCAAUGAGUUUUGGGAAAUGACAGACCUCAACAAGAACUAUGAGCUUUGCAGCACAUAUCACUCAGAACUGGGCAUUCCUAAAACCGCAAGCAAGGGCACAGUCUUUGGGAGUGCCAAAUUCAGGAGCAGGGGGCGCAUUCCUACUCUCUCCUACUACCACAAGGAAAGUAAUGCUGCCAUUUGCCGCUGUAGCCAGCCCCUGUCCGGGUUAAGUGGUCGAUGUGUAGAAGAUGAGGAGAUGCUACAGGCAAUCAGCCGGGCUAAUCCCAAAAGCACCUUCAUGUAUGUGGUGGAUACCAGGCCUAAGUUGAAUGCCAUGGCCAAUAGAGCAGCAGGGAAGGGAUACGAGAAUGAGGACAACUACUCAAACAUCCGCUUUCAGUUUGUGGGCAUUGAGAAUAUCCAUGUCAUGAGGAACAGUCUGCAGAAGCUUUUGGAAGUGUGUGCUAUGAAGUCUCCAACAAUGAGUGACUACUUGACGGGACUGGAGAAUUCUGGUUGGCUGCGUCACAUCAAGGCUGUGAUGGAUGCUGGAGUAUUUCUUGCUAAGGCUUUGGCUGAGGAUAAGGCUAGUGUGCUUGUACACUGCUCAGAUGGCUGGGAUCGCACAGCCCAGGUGUGUUCUCUGGCCAGCAUCCUCUUGGACCCCUUCUAUCGUACCAUUAAGGGACUCAUGGUUUUGAUAGAAAAAGAAUGGAUAUCUAUGGGUCAUAAAUUCACGCAAAGGUGUGGGCAUGUGGAUGGGGAUCCCAAGGAGGUGUCCCCUGUAUUCACCCAGUUCAUUGAAUGUCUUUGGAAUCUCAUGGAGCAGUACCCCUGUGGAUUUGAGUACAACGAGAAGUACCUUUUGGAAAUCCACAACCAUGUUUACUCCUGCCAGUUUGGAAAUUUCAUUGGCAACUGCCAAAGAGAGCGAGAGGAGAUGCGACUUUAUGAGAGGACCUUCUCCGUUUGGCCGUUUCUCUGGGAGAACCGCCAUCAGUACAGAAAUCCUCUGCACAAAUGCUCAUUAGGGAGGGAGGUUCUGAGGCCAAGCACAUUGCCGUUGAAUUUCAAGUUUUGGUGUGGCAUGUAUAAUCAUUUUGAUAAGGGCAUGCAGCCAAAGCAGUCCAUUCUGGAUCACCUGUUAACCAUAACACAGAAAAAGGCAGAGGGUGAGAAGAAAAUGACAGAUCUCCAGAGACAGUUGGCAGUCAUGGAUGGGGUUCUGGCAGAUCAGGGCAGUCCAACAGGCACGCCACCUGAACAAACCUCUUUGUCUCCUGAAUCGGUUAGCCACACAGCCGAAAAUGCUAAACCACUCAUGAAUGGCGCUGCAGUGGAGGAGGCUGAAAUAGAGUUGGUGCCUACUGCAGGGAGCGAGAAGAUGGAACCGGGCAAUUACCCAACACACCUCCAGGUUGUGUAAGGACUAUUUUACCAAGAAGCAGAGUGAUGGAGUGCUGAAUCAGAUGACCUGGCCUCCACAAUCACCUGACCUUAACCAAAUUGAGAUGUUUUGUGAUGAGUUGGACCGCAGAGUAAAGGAAUAGCAGCCAACAAUGCUCAGCAUAUGUGGGAACUCCUUCAAGACUGUUGGAAAAGCAUUCCAGGUGAAGCAGGUUGAGAGAAUGCCAAGAGUGUGCAAAGCUUUUAUCAAGGCAAAGGGUGGCUACUUUGAAGAAUCUCAAAUAUAAAAUAUAUUUUGAUUUGUUUAACACUUUUAGGUUACUACAUGAUUUCAUAUGUGUUAUUUCAUAGUUUUGAUGUCUUCACCAUUGUUCUACAAUGUAGAAAAUAGUAAAAAUUGCGACCAAGCUUUAACUUCCUGACUGAUGUCUUGAGAUGUUGCUUCAAUAUAUCCCCAUCAUUUUCCUGCUUCAUGAUGCUAUCUAUUUUGUGAAGUGCACCAGUCCCUCCUGCAGCAAAGCACUCCCACAACAUGAUGCUGACACUCCUGUGCUUCACGGUUGGGAUGGUGUUCUUCGGGUUGCAAGCCUCCCCCUUUUUCUUCCAAACAUAACGAUGGUUAUUAUGGCCAAACAGUUCUAUUUUUGUUUCAUCAGACCAGAGGACAUUUCUCCAAAAAGUACGAUCUUUGUUCCUAUGUGCAGUUGCAAUCUGUAGUCUGGCUUUUUUAUGGCGGUUUUGGAGCAGGGGCUUCUUCCUUGCUGAGCGCCCCUUCAGGUUAUGUCGAUAUAGGACUUGUUUUACUGUGGCUAUAGAUAGUUUUGUACCUGUUUCCUCCAGCAUCUUCACAAGGUCCGUUGCUGUUUUUCUGGGAUUGAUUUGCACUUUUCGCACCAGAGUAUGUUAAUCUCUAGGAGACAGAAAGUGUCUCCUUCCUGAGCGGUAUGAUGGCUGCGUGGUGUUUAUACUUGCAUACUAUUGUUUGUACAGAUGAACGUGGUACCUUCAGGCGUUUGUAAGUUGUUCCCAAGGAUGAACCAGACUUGUGGAGGUCUACAAUGUUUUUUCUGAGGUCUUGGUUGAUUUCUUUUGAUUCUCUCAUGAUGUCAAGCAAAGAGGCACUGAGUUUGAAGGUAGGCCUUGAAAUACAUCCACAGGUACACCUCCAAUUGACUCAAGGAUAUCAAUUAGCCCAUCAGAAGCUUCUAAAGCCAUGACAUCAUUUUCUGGAAUUUUUCAAGCUGUUUAAAGGCACAGUCAACUUAGUGCAUGAACUGACCCACUGGAAUUGUGAUACAGUGAAUUAUAAGUGAAAUUAUCAGUCUAUAAACAAUUGUUGGAAAAAUGACUUGUGCCAUGCACAAAGUAGAUGUCCUAACCGACUUGCCAAAACUAUAGUUUGUUAGCAAGACAUUUAUGAAGUGGUUAAAAACGAGUUUUAUUGACUCCAACCUAAGUGAAUGUAAAAUUCCGACUUCAACUGUAGAUACUUCAAACACUUAAUAAAGUUGUCAUAAUGCUCAGACAGCAGGUUAACAGGGCCAGACUGAAUCAAGGAUACUGAAAUACUCCCCUAACAAAGGGAAUAUGCUGUAAAAGUAUAGACCAAAGUUUGGUUUGAUUUUGCGAUGUAAUGAUUGUUAAAGGUGCAAUAUGCUGAAAUCGCUCUGCCAUUUGCUGGUUGCUAAAAUUCAAAUAGUUUGCCUUAUAUCAGUGUCACUAAAGAGUCAUUGUGUAGAGAAUCAUUGCACCAUCUAUCCCGCUAGUAAAAUAUGUUUUCCAUAACCAAAAAUAUUGUUUUUUUUAGCCGUUUGAAGCUGGUGUACCAAAACGAAAGUGAAAGACUCAAACAAAACAUAAGAACGGGAAGCAUAGAAGUAGUGCACAUAGAACAGAUAUACCGCUUCUUAGACUUGCUUUUAAUGAGAAUGACAGCUCUGUAACUCACUUUUCUAUGUGACUUUGGUUGGGUCGCCCAAAAAGUUACAUAUUGCAGUUUUAAUGAGAGAGAUUCACUGAAAAUAGUUGUUUUUGUGCAUUUUAUAAUGCCCUUUUAUUGUACUGCAACAAUACUGAAUAUGCUCUACAUGUGUCUUUGGUAUUUGCAAUAACAUUUUAAUGAAUUGAUAUCUGCCUUUUUCUUGAAAUGCCAUUUUGUUAAAAGGGACCAAAUAAAUGCAAAACUCUGUUUAUGUAGAAAGAAUAGCACAGUCUGAACAAAUUGCAAUGCAUGGAUCUUUUUCAAACAUGUCAGAGUACAAAAGAGGCUGUACCAGAGAUGAGGCAUGUGUGAAUUUAAAAGCAAUGAUCAAAUGUGUUCUUUAUAUUUUUUAGCAGGUUUUUCUAGAAUAUUGAGGCCAGUAAUAUAAAGUGUUUUCUCUCGUUUGUGAUUUCAAGGUUGUGAUAAUGCAUUGUUUGUGAUCAACUGCAACAAAUUAUUUACAACAAAAGGAUUGCCCUUUUAUUUGUUUGAGUUGCCAUACCACAUUUUUACGGCAAUAUUGUAUCUGAAUGGACUGUGUGUCAUUGUAGCAUGGAGCAAAUUACAUUCUGUUUACAUUCUCCAAGCCAAAAUCAAGUGCAAUCUGUGAGAUUCAGCAAGAAAAAAAACACCAGCCAGAGGGUGCAACCAUUUCCAUUAUUUCAAGGGGCUUUGAAUGUGAGAAGUUCAUUCUAGUGUAAAAAGGGAAUUUGUAAGCAGUUAAAUUGAUAUAAUGUAAUGGAAAUGUGUAGGAUGUUAAAUGUAAAGGGAAUUUAAUAUACUGCAAUGUCACUGUGCAGGAAGAGCAAUCAAUUUUCAAUCAAAAGUUGAGCAAUGAACACAACGCUGAUGAGAACAAUUUCUGUACAAUAUAAUUUUCCCGAAUAUUCUAAAAUGUAUACCCAAAAUGUGUGUGUGUGAUGGUAUUUGUUUUGAGCUAGAGAAUCAUGUGUUGGACUCCUAAUUGAAUCCCUUUGCUUAAUGAUGCGCAUUUUGUCUUUUCCGUUGACCCUUUUGUAAAUGAUCAGAAUAUAGUAACUUGCAAAAGUA